GGGGUCAAAAUGGAAUAAUUCUAAAGUAUAAAGCUCAUGUUGGAAAACUCGAAAAAUUCUUCCAAAAGAGAAGAUUUUGCUGGUUCCCCCUUUGAUCGAUCUUCGAUACUCGGCUGGGCAUGGCGUUUUUGCUAAACAACGCUUCAAUUUCAUCUCAAUUCCGUUCGUCUUCUUCACAGAAAACGGGUGAUGCUUUAUCAAUAUCGCGUCGUGGAUUCCACAUAGAGCCAGGAACUCGAGAGAAAGCUCUCUUGGCUGAAGAUUCUGCUUUGAAGAGAUUCAAGUCUCAUAAGAAAAGUGUGCACAAACUGAAGAGGAUUGGUGAUGUGCUCACAGUCGUUGUUGUUGCAGGAUGUUGCUAUGAAAUCUAUGUCAAAGCUGUGAUUGGAAAAGAAGCUCUGGCUGCGGGAAAAAGCUCCUGAGUCUUCUUAUCUUUGUGUGCCUUUUUCUAUUUUCCUUUAUACAUUGUCUCUUUCUAAUAAUCUCACAAUAAUGUUUGUUUACUCAAUGAAAAUGGCAUCUAAUAAAGUAGACAAAAAGAAAAAGACAUAUUGUCCAGGGAAACCAAACAAUGGUUUUUUCUGUUUUUUUCUGCCGUUUUGUGGAAUCUCUGCUUUUUCUUCUUUUUAAAUAUUCCUUAGCUUUCAUUUA